GGGAACACAAAAAAAAAAGAUAAGAUAAAUAAAUAAAAAUUCGAUUGUGUGGUGAGGGAGUCGGGGAGGGAGGUGCAAAAGGUGAUGAAAAGAAAUAAAUAAAUAAAGAGUGUGAUGAUGGAUAUGGGUAUAGAUGUAAUAAAGGAAUGAAAAGAAAGAAAUAAAUAAAGAAAGAAAAGAAGAAAAGAAAAUGGGUUUGUGCAAAAGUAGACAGAGUCGGUGCAAUAUAUUAUAAUAAACAUAAAUAUAUAUAGAUAUAUAUUAAAAUAAAAGAAAGUUGAGUGGGUUGAUUAAAAAAAAAGGAUUGUGUGUUUGAAAAUGAAAAAUAAAGAAAAGAAAAGAAAGGGGAUCAUGUGGUGAAAGAAAAAAGGAGUUGUGGGUUUGAAAAAGUAAAGUGAGAGAGGAAUUUCGAUGCAAGUUUUCUGACUCUUCUCAAAAACAACACAGCAGUUCCACCCACCUUAUUUCACACUUUUCUUUUAUAUAUAUAUAUAUACUAAAAUAAUGGACCAUCAAACCAAAACCAGAGGUGAAGGCAAAGCCUGUUGUUGAGGAGGUGAAAGAUGAAACUACUGAAGCUACAGAUGCGCCGGCUGAUCCUGCCCCAGCAGAACAGGCUCUAGAGGUGAAGACAGAGGCAGCUGAAGCAACGGAUGUUGUAACAAUGGUGACGAUCAAAGCCGUCAAAGCUCGCCAGAUCUUCGACAGCCGUGGAAAUCCAACCGUCGAAGUUGAUGUCAUUUGUAAUGAUGGACCUUUUGCUAGGGCUGAUGUUCCUAGUGGUGCUUCCACAGGUGUUUACGAAGCUUUGGAAUUGAGAGAUGGGGGUUCAGAUUAUCUCGGAAAAGGUGUCCUCAAGGCUGUGAAUAAUGUGAAUUCAAUCAUCGAACCUGCAUUGAUUGGCAAGGAACCAACAGAACAGACCAAAAUCGACAACUUCAUGGUGCAAGAACUCGAUGGGACAGUUAAUGAAUGGGGCUGGUGCAAAUGCUAUAUUGGCAGUUUCACUUGCUGUAUGUAAAGCAGGAGCUAUGAAGUGUUGUUGAAGAAUCUGCCAUGAAAGAAGAAAUCGAGGAAAUUUGGGUUUGUCCGGCGGGCGGCCAAGGCGAGAUUGCCGCCCGCCGGUGAAACGAAAUUACUAGGUUCUUAACCUUGCUCUAUACCAUGUAAGAAAAAUU